AUGAGGGAUUUCGCUUCAGAGCAGUCUGUAUUGGCUGCUACAGCCGGCCGAUAUUCGUCACCAACAUCGCCCCUCGUUACUUCCUCCCGAGAACCUCUAUGCGGUGAUUCCGAGGGCUGGGGUCCUAUCAGCGACCUGAGAUGGGAUUUCACACCCUGCUUCCUUGACGUUUGGAUCAUCGGUGUCGCCUUAUGGGGGAUCUUACUCGGUGCAGGAGCAAUAUGGUAUCUGUUGAAGAAGCGGGUUCCGCAGGAUGUCCCGAAAAACUGGCACUUUUAUACCAAACUGACCGUAAUCGGCGUCAUCAUCCUCGACACCGUUGUACAAGCCGCACUGCAAGUCCAACGCUUACCAGGAAUAUGGUUUCAAGAUAUUAGAUUUUAUACAACCAUCGCUACCAUCGCCUCUCUUGCUGUUAUCUUCACUGUACAGUAUUAUGAGCAUUGGCGGUCGCGCAACCCGAAUGGCGUGGUUCUCUUCUACUGGGUCUUCUUCAUACUCGCACAUGCUGUCAAACUUCGCUCUUUGGUGGCUAGGGAUGCCCACAAGGAUCGACUGCCCUACUUUGUGACAUACAAUGUGGGCUUCGGUCUGGCUAUAUUGGAGUUCGUAUUGGAGUACUUCAUUCCUAAAAAGCUGAGCGCCUACGACGCAUUGGGAGCCGACGAUGAGUGUCCAUACGAAUACGCCGACAUCUUCUCCGUUAUUAGCUUCAGCUGGAUGACUCCAUUGAUGAGGUUUGGCUACAAGAAUUAUUUGACCCAAGAUGAUCUAUGGAACUUGCGCCCACGAGACAGCACCAAGGUGACCGGGGAACUCAUGGAGAAAGUUUGGAAGCACGAGCUGGAAAGGAAGAAGCCGAAUUUGUGGAUAGCCCUGGCUCGGGCAUUCGGAGGCCCUUUCCUGAGAGGAGCUCUUAUCAAGACCAUCAGCGAUACGCUUGCAUUUGUCCAACCUCAAUUACUCCGACUCUUGAUCCUGUUUGUGGAUUCCUAUCGCCCAGGUCGAGAACGUCAGCCACCCAUUCGCGGAAUUUCCAUUGCAUUGGCCAUGUUUGCCACAUCAUUUUGCCAGACAGCUGCCUUGCACCAAUAUUUCCAGCGUGCUUUUGAGACCGGCAUGCGAAUCAAGUCUUCUUUGACUGCCAUGAUAUACUCAAAAUCUCUGCGGCUUUCCAACGAGGCGCGUGCCACCAAGUCUACCGGUGACAUCGUUACAUACAUGAGUGUCGAUCAACAACGCCUCGCUGAUCUAGCUCAGUGGGGCCUACAGCUUUGGUCUGCCCCAUUCCAGAUCACUCUGUGCAUGCUGUCACUCUAUCAACUGGUGGGCGUAUCAUGCUUUGCUGGAGUGGGUGCAAUGAUUAUCAUGAUACCGGUGAACGGUUUCAUUGCCAGGUUCAUGAAGAAGCUCCAGCUGUCGCAGAUGAAGUACAAAGAUCGCAGAUCCCGGCUCAUGACCGAAAUCCUCAACAACAUGAAGAGCAUCAAGCUGUAUGCAUGGGGUUCGGCGUUCAUGGAAAAAUUGAGUCACGUACGCAACGACCUUGAACUGAAUAACCUGCGAAAGAUUGGAGCUGCCCAGGCUUUCUCAACCUUCACGUGGUCUGCGACUCCAUUCUUCGUCUCAUGCUCGACCUUUGCCGUCUUUGUGUUGGUCAACAAUCGACCACUCACGACGGACCUGGUGUUCCCCGCUCUAACGUUGUUCAAUUUGUUGACGUUCCCGCUUACAGUCCUCCCUAUGGUGAUUACCAGCAUCAUCGAAGCCUCUGUGGCUGUGAAGAGACUGACUGAUUUCUUCACCGCGGACGAGCUCCAGGAGGAUGCAGUUCGAUUCGUUGACGAACCACCCAAAGAGGCAGGCGAGGCUGCGGUCACUAUCCGGGAUGCAACGUUUACCUGGAACAAGAACCUGGACUUGAAUGUGCUACAGAACAUCAAUUUUACCGCCAAUAAGAGCGAACUGACCUGUGUCGUCGGUCGUGUCGGCGCUGGUAAAUCCUCUCUUCUUCAGUCAAUACUCGGAGAUCUAUGGAAGAUUAACGGCGAGACGGUCGUGCGAGGGCGCAUCGCGUAUGCUGCGCAAUCAGCUUGGAUUAUGAAUGCGAGUGUGAAGGAAAACAUUACCUUUGGACAUCGAUGGGACCCUCAUUUCUAUAAUCAGACUGUCAAUGCAUGUGCUCUGGUCGAUGAUUUUAGGCAGCUACCCGAUGGUGAUUCAACGGAGGUUGGCGAGCGUGGGAUAUCUCUGUCUGGAGGCCAAAAAGCUCGUGUUGCACUAGCACGGGCCGUGUAUGCGAGGGCGGACAUAUACCUCCUCGAUGAUGUCCUUUCUGCGGUUGAUCAGCAUGUUGGACGACAUCUUAUCAACAACGUCCUCGGGUCGAAAGGUCUCCUGAGUGGAAAGACUCGGAUAUUGGCUACUAACGCUAUUCCUGUGCUAAAAGAAGCUGACUACAUGUUUCUUCUGCGCGACAGUACCAUUCUCGAAAAAGGAACAUAUCAGCAACUCAUGGCCAUGAGAGGCGAGGUCGCCAACUUGAUCAGGAAUUUCACUUCCGAAGACGGUCACGAGGAGUCCGAGGAAGAACGAAGUCCGAGUAUUGAGGGCAUGGAAUCCGACGAUUCUACAACUGUGAUCAAUGGGGAUGUUAACAUUAUCCAUGACGAGUUCGACGCCGAAGAAGCCGAACAGGUGCGUCAGGAUGUUGGUGGCCUUAUACCAAUCCGCCCUGGCCCGACCGGUCCAUCAACUGUGCGGAAAACAAGCUUCAACACUUUACGACGUGCGUCAACGGCCAGCUUUCACGGUCCUAUGGGCCGAAUGAAUGAUGAAGAGGCCGGCCUGAAGUCUAAGCAGACCAAGGAGACUUCGGAACAAGGCCAGGUCAAGUGGGCUGUCUAUACAAGCUAUGCCAAAGAGAGCAAUCUUAUCGCCGUCUGUAUUUAUUUCGUCGCUCUCCUUGCUGCUCAAACGGCCCAAGUUGGGGGCAGCUUCUGGCUAAAACGCUGGUCAGAAAUCAAUGAGUCUUUCGGUUCCAAUCCGGAGGUGGGAAAGUACAUUGGCAUUUACUUCGCUUUCGGCAUUGGAAGUGCGGCACUUGUUGUCGUCCAGGUACGUUUGCCAUUGGCUCUACAAGACAACGCCACUAAUUCCAUACAGACUUUGCUCCUCUGGAUUUUCUGUUCGAUCGAGGCCUCCAGGAAAUUGCAUGAUCGAAUGGCUUAUGCGAUAUUCCGAUCGCCUAUGAGUUUCUUUGACACCACCCCCAUCGGACGCAUCCUCAACCGCUUUUCCAGUGACAUAUACAAGGUCGAUGAAGUCAUUGCUCGUACUUUCAAUAUGCUCUUCGUCAACACUAGCAGAGCCUUUUUCACGCUCGGUGUCAUUGCUGCUUCGACACCAAUUUUCUUGCUUUUGGUCAUUCCUCUGGGUGCUAUCUACAUCGUAUACCAGAGGUACUAUCUUCGAACCUCCCGAGAAUUGAAACGAUUGGACAGUGUCAGCCGCAGUCCGAUCUACGCCCAUUUUCAAGAGUCGCUAGGAGGUGUCUCAACAAUCCGCGCAUACCGGCAGCAGAAGCGAUUUACCAAGGAAAAUGAGUGGCGCAUGGACGCAAAUCUACGAGCAUACUUCCCCUCGAUCAGCUCCAACCGUUGGCUUGCGUUCCGCUUGGAAUUCCUCGGAUCCGUCAUUAUCCUUGCUGCCGCCGUUUUUGCCAUCAUCUCAGUGACGACUGGUGGCUCACUUUCUGCCGGCAUGGUCGGCCUUGCUAUGUCGUACGCAUUGCAAAUCACACAAUCACUGAACUGGAUUGUGCGCCAAACUGUCGAAGUUGAGACCAACAUCGUGUCUGUAGAGCGAGUGCUUGAAUAUGCCGCUCUGCCCAGCGAAGCGCCAGAUGUCCUCUUCAAGAGCCGUCCCAGCAUUGGAUGGCCCGCACAUGGUCAAAUCACAUUCGAAAACUAUUCCACUCGGUAUAGGGAGGGCUUGGAUCCCGUUCUGAGGGAUAUUAACUUGAGCUUCAAAGCUCGGGAAAAGAUUGGGGUGGUUGGACGCACUGGUGCGGGAAAGAGUUCUCUAACCUUGUCUUUGUUUCGCAUCAUUGAACCAACAUCUGGUCACAUCAGCAUUGAUGGUCUCAACACCUCUACCAUUGGUCUCUUAGACCUUCGAAGGCGGCUGGCCAUUAUCCCACAGGAUGCCGCUCUUUUCGAGGGCACGGUUCGCGACAAUCUAGACCCCCGCCACGUUCAUGAUGAUACUGAAUUGUGGAGUGUUCUUGAGCAUGCCCGCUUGAAAGACUACGUCUCCGGCCUGCCUGGCCAAUUGGAUGCCACGGUCCAUGAAGCUGGGUCGAAUCUAAGUCAGGGUCAACGUCAACUCGUGUCUCUUGCGCGUGCACUACUAACUCCCAGCAACAUCCUGGUUCUGGAUGAAGCAACUGCAGCAGUGGAUGUGGAGACUGACAAAAUGCUGCAAGCCACUCUUCGCAGCAACGUGUUCGAAAAUCGCACGAUUAUCACGAUCGCCCAUCGCAUCAACACCAUUCUGGACUCUGAUCGGAUCGUGGUGCUACAACAAGGGCGAGUGGCCGAGUUUGAUACCCCGGAGGAGCUGAUCAAGAAACGGGGAUUGUUCUACGAGCUUGUCCGAGAAGCUGGGCUUCUUGACAGCUUCGGCAAUGGAAGUGCUGACUCAAGCCAGCACUAAGGUAGCCACCGCACCAAUCGGGGAACAAGGGGCUCCGGUUCCGUAACCCCUGCGUCGGUACCAGUCAAGAGCAACUUUAGAUCGGACACGGCACAGCAGAAUGCUGACUUACAGAUCGAUCGGGGCACACGCUCCCGCUAUUGUUCAGUGCUCCCUCCUGCGGGGCUUCUACA